AUGCCGUCGUUUUUUAAUGUGCCAGGUAGCAGCGCAAGCUGCAGCCUAGCGAAGCAGUUGCGGCGCGGCUGGAAAGCGGUGGCAUGUGUGGCGCAGCUGAGCAAUGCCAUCAUCACGGAGCUCAUAGCCCAAGCCGGAUUCGAACUGAUCAUCGUGGAUCACGAGAAUGGUCCUGGAGAUUUUGACUCCGCGGCCAAUUUGGUGAGGUCUGCCGUAGGUGCCGGCGCCCAUGUGAUGCUGCGACUGCCCUCCGGUGAUGCUACGCAGGUGGAUCGUGCCCUCGAUGCGGGCGCAGAAGGGUUGCUGCUUGGAGACGUAGCCACUGCUGCAGAAGCCGAAGCCUUUGGUCAAUUGGUGCAGCAGGUGGUGCUGACCCGUGCCAAAACGACUUGCUCCGAGUGGCUGAGUUCUCCACGUGAGCCUCCGGAGCCUUCAGCGCCUCUGGUGGCGGUGGAGAUGGACGUGACGCAGCCACUGACGCUGGCAGAGGAGCUCCUGGCUGCGGAGCACGUGGAUUUGGUCUUCGUGGAUCCCGAGCGCUGCCUGGAGGCUCUGGCCUUGUUGCGGCCCGAGAGCAGCCUGGACCAGACCUCAUCGCGGCUGCCUGUGGCGACGCUGCCGGCAGAUCCGACAGAUGGCGAGGCUGACACGAAGACGGUGGAGGAGCCUACCGAGCCCUCUCUGACGCAAACCUGGAGCCCCUCUGCUCCCAGCGGUUCGCCCGACCCGCAGAACCCGCGCGCGGCGAAAGGGGCGCGGAAGGUGCCCAGUGGCCCAACCCAGCGCUUGGCCAACACCAUGCAGGUGGCUGAGGCAAUGGAUGCCUUUUGGAACUGCUUCGAGGCGUUACCUGCAAAGGCCGCUGAAAAGCAGAAGUUGGUUGGCUGCACGGCACAUGCACGGACAAGCACCUAUGAUUUAUUCAUGCGGGGUCAUAGCGUGGUGACCCUCUGUGCCGAUCUCGUCUUGUUGCGUGAAGGCGGUCAGAGACACGUGAGCGAGAUGAAGAUGGACAGGGGCCCGGAGUCGCGCCACUGGGCCACGCCCCUGGAGUCGCAGCGCGCGCGCUUGGCCAGCAGUGCGCUGGUGAGUCAGCUGAGACGACAUAAGAAGGCCUUGGGUGCCUUUCUGCAUUUGGGUGAUGCCUUGGCGGCCGAGACGCUGUGCUUGGCCGGCUUCGAGGCAGUGGUGCUGGACCACGAAGAGGGCCCUGGAAAUUUGUCCAACGCCAUCGGCUUGGUUCAUGCAGCCGCCAGUGCGGGGACGCACACCUUGCUAAGGGUACCUAGCCACGACUUCCCGUACCUCCGACGCGCCUUGCAGUUGGGUCUGGAAGGCUUGAUUCUGCCCAUGGCCGAAAGUGCUGCCCAGGUCGAAGACUUCAUCGCAGCGGUGCGGAAGUCCUAUCCUUCGCCCGAAAAUCCCAGGGAUGUUCUGCCGUCAAGCCUGCGGGGAGCAGGAGGACACGCCUCAGUCGUGCGUAGUGUCGCACCUACUGCAGCGCAGUUCUUGCGGAAGAGAGAGGAGCUGCUACUGAAGGCAGUUCAGGUGGAGUCGGAAAUUGGCUUGGCGCAUGUCAGAGACAUGGUCAAGGUGGAAGGCCUCGACAUGAUCUUCUUCGCCCCCGUGGAACUGGCUGCCUCUGCUCCGCGGGGACAGGAAGCUGGGCUGCUGCUGGCGCUGCAAACGGCUGAGGCAGAAGUGAAGAGGGCAAAGAAGCUGCUGGGAGGCAUGUUGGUGCCCGGCCGCUCCGUGGAGACGAUGUUCGCCGCGGGCUACGACUUGGUUUGCACCACCAGCGACGUGAUCCUGCUGCGAGCCACGGCGGAGAACAUCGUGCGCGAGGCCAAGCCUUUUGCCACGGGACCCACAGCGGGUCAGCUGCAGUGGAUCUCCUCGGCACGAGAGGCAAAGUUCGCGAAGGACGAAGAGACGCUCGUCAUGAGACUGAAGAAAUCUCCACAGGCCCGUGCCCUGGCCGUGAUGUCACGCCUCGGCAGCGCCUUGGCCGCGGAGUUAGUGGCAGAGAAGGGCUUUGAGGUGGUGAUUUUGGACCACGCCAAGGGCGCCGAAGAUCUGCUGGGCGCCAUGGCGGUGAUCCACGCGACGGUCCGCUGCGGGGCGCAUGCGCUGCUGCGGCUGCCGGCCUUCAGUCUGGGCCACUUGAGACGAGCAUUGCACGUGGGUGUGGAAGGCCUUAGCUUGGUCGUAACCACGGGGCUUUUAUCGGGCGUGAUUUUCCCUGUGCACAGCUUGGAGGACGCUCACGCCAUGGUGGAGCUGAAUCUGCCUGAAGAGACAAAGCUGGUCGAGGCACGGAUGAAGAACCAGCCCUUCCGGCGCAUGGACUUCAGCUUCGCACCGAGCUUAGUGGAGUUCUGGGGUCAGCGCGUCGCGGAGUUCUCGCGGCGCCAAGCCGAGUCGCUGCUGAUCGCUGCGCAGGCGUCAGACGAUGGGGCGAAGAUGGCGUGGCAGGUGGAUAGUAGCGGCGCUGCUGCAUGCAUUGAAGACAUUGUGAAGGUGGAAGGUCUUGACAUGAUCUUCAUCGACGCCUCAAACGGCCUCGCAGCAAACGAAGUCGAGGCCAUCCAGAAAGCGGUCAAGGGCAAGAAGCAGCUGGGCUGCAGCACCAUGGUUGGGAUAUUCUUUGGAGAUAGGCUGCUGGGUGGACUGCUUCCCGGUCGCAAGGCAGAGGAACUCUUCCGAGGAGGCUAUCAGUUGGUCUGUGCCGCUUCUGAUCACGGGCUGCUAGCAGAAGGUGCCAAAGCAUGCAUCGCUGAACGCCCCAAGUCUUCGCACGUGGCGUUGGACGUUGCGGUCCCAUGUGGGCGCCCCACAGCCACGUCGCGGUCCCCGUUGGGGUCCCCGCUGGGGUCCCGUUAUGCACCAGCUGUCCGAGAACUCCUGCAGGAAGCAGCCAGCGAGCACGGGAAGGAAGACUUCGAAGAUCGGACGCUUUUCGUCGGAGUCCAGAGCUGCUGCGGCCGCGUUGCUGUCCGCGAGCGCUACAGUUCUGAGAAGAGAUCGGAGGCCGACUUUGGUUUGGGUGCCGUGUACAAUGCGGCGGAGGUGGAGGAGUUCUUUGGGCAGCGACCCUUUCUGGUGCUUGGAAGGCUUUUGAAGGUGCUAACUGGUGUGUCCAAGUGUGCUUUCUUGGCCUUCAGCAAGGAUGCUGAAAGUGAACGGCGCCUGGCGUGCCGUGUGCGAGAACUUUUUACGGAGCUGGGGCCGACCUACAUCAAGUUAGGGCAAGCCCUAAGUGUCCGACCCGAUGUGCUGCCAGAAGCCUUUCUUCAUGAGUUCCGAGAAUUUCAGGAACUGUGCCUCAUGGCCGCCUUGGGCACCUGGGAUAAUCGCGUGCUCCGUGAGUUGAACUGUUCACAGCUCUCCGAGCUCUUCAGCGACUUCAGCGCACAGCCCGUGGCGGCGGCGUCACUGGGACAGGUCUACAAGGCUCGGCUGAAGAACGGCCAGAGUGUGGCAGUGAAGGUGCAGCGGCCCAAUCUCGCAGAGAAUGUCGCCUUAGACCUGGUUCUUGCCAGGCAAGUGGCCAAGUCUUUGGUUUACUUCGAGGAGUUCCUUCCAGGCGUUCAAGGCAACGACUUGGUGGGUUUCGUGGAUGCCUUUGGCCAACGACUUUUUGAAGAGUUGGACUACGUCCCUUGUCGCUGUCCGGAAUUGUGGCAAGCUGUGGUCACCUCGCGUGCUAAGGAGAUGGAAGUGAAGAAUGCACAGCGCUUUCGGGAGCUCUACGGAGACCAAGAGAAGUUGAAGGUGCCGACGAUGUAUCCCAGUCUGGCCACGGGGAAAGUCAUUGUCAUGGAGUGGAUUGAUGGCGUCAAGUUGACUGACACCAAUGCCAUUCGCGGCCUAGGUUUGGAACCCCUGGACUACAUCUCUGUGGGCAUCGAGUGCGCCAUGCGGCAACUGUUGGAGCAUGGCUUUUUCCACGCCGAUCCUCAUCCUGGGAACUUCUUCGUCACCGGAAAGGGUGAGCUCUGCGUUUUGGAUUUCGGGAUGAUGAGCGAAAUGCCCAAGGAGGCACGCUUGGCAGUGAUCCAACAUAUCGUGCAUGUGGUGAACAGAGAUUACGCCGGCAUGGCGCAAGAUUACAACCACCUGGGCUUCAUUUCGGAGGAGAUUGAUCCGCGGCCCAUGGUCCCCAAGAUCCAGGCGUAUUUCGAACCCCGGAUGUCUACCAAAGCGGCAGCAGUGAGUUUCAAGACCAUCAUCGAUGGCUUGGAAGAGGUGAUUUUUAAGAAUUAUCCCUUUUCCGUGCCGCCAUUCUAUGCUUUGGUCGUACGAAGCCUGGCUGUGAAAAACAAAUUCAGAAGCCUGGUGACGCUGGAGGGCUUGGCACUGUCCAUUGAUCCCAAGUAUCGCGUCUUGGCUGCGGCGUAUCCUUACCUGGCGAAGCGCGUCUUGUUGGACUCGGAGCUACGAUCCAGUCUCUUCGAGCUCCUGAUCAACACGGCGACGGCGAAGCCGGAUGCGCGACGCUUCCGCUGGGAUCGUGCCAUCGACUUGCUCCGGGAGUCCUCCAAGAGCAGCGUGGCAGUGCCGGGAUCCACACGGACUCCAGAGGGCACGGCCGAUGACAUGGGACCUUACCUGGAUUUGGCCUCUUCCCUCAUUGAGGAUGCGGCCUUCCGUCAGACCUUGGUGGCAGAACUGGCCAGCACCGCGGAUGUGAUGAUUGCUGACAUCAUUGGAGGUGCCAUGAGCGGCUCGGAUGUGCAGCAGCUGCAGAAGCUGCGCAAACGCUUGGGGCUUCAGCUGGACGACGAGGCUCGCGUCUCGGAUGUGCGAGAAACGGUCAAUCUCAUUGCAGAGAAGGUCGCGGAUCGCAUUCCCAAUGCUAUGGAUGCGGUGAAUUUGGCCAUGCAAGCAGCUGCAGGUGCAGUGCAAGCUUCCAUGUUCCCCAGCGAUCACCCAGGCAAAAACGGGGAUGCAGAGAAAGGCGCCGAGAAAAAUGCUGGGCCCAGCUUACCAGAAGUGGCCGGUGAAUUCUUUGACCAACUGGGUAACUUGGCACGACUCGCCUGCGAUGAUUUCUUGGAAGUCGAGUUGUGGGAAAAAUGA